GCCAAGCCAAUAUGGCGGGUGUUGGGGGAGUGCCCCAAGAAAGUGAACUUUCUGACGACCCGUCAUCAAUUAAUUCAUCAACGGAAAAAACUAACAGCAAUGAAGUCAGUUCACAAGAGGGCCAAAUUCCAUCGCCCAGUAAUAUAACCGAGUCUGCACAGAUCAAAUCAAAGACCACCACCAAAGAGACUUACCCGGAAGAAACUCGUCUUAGCGGAUGGCUGGCCAAAGUUGGUGCUCUGGGCUUCGUGAAAACUAGCAGAGUGUUUUGGUUUGUUUUCGGCGAUGACACCUGCAAACUGUACUAUUAUCGCAACCCCCAAGAUUUGCUGCCUCUCGGAGAGAUUGACAUUUCAAAUGCCUUCUUUACAUUUGAACCAAAUGUGAAGGACAAGCCGGGUUUAUUUGAAAUCAGGUCUGAAGGGAAGAUCCACUACCUGGAUGCCCAGGAGAGACACAAGAUGGUUUACUGGCUGCAGGAACUGCAGAGGAAGAGACGAGAGUACAGCCAGAAACGGACCACCAUAUCAUCAGAGAGGGUUCAGUGGACAGUCAAGAAGAGACUUCAGAUCAGUGGCCUGUUGGGUGAUGAUGUUGAUGAUGAGGAUGGUGGUAGAGUCAUCUUGGAAGCUCCCAUGGACAACAUCCAAGUGGAGCAGAGUUUCAGUGGGAGCAAAAUACCUCAGUGGAAUCUGAAGAAGGAGAUCCGAGAUGCUGUUGUUAGUAUCAGGUCCAACUUCAAAAUAUCCGGAGAGGGAAACAGAGAAACUCCUGGCUCACUGUCCCCAGAUUCGGGGUCCUCACGGGAAGACUGGACCCUAUUGGAGACCGAGGUUCCUCCCACUGAGACUCUGUUGCCCCCAAACAACACAGCAGCCCCCUUCAAAUCUUGCCCAGAACUCCAGUCUCCCACCUCCCCCGUCUCCAAGUCCAACCCCCAGGGGAAACUUCUGUCCACAUUCAAGAAGCUGGCGUCCAAGAGAAGCAACACUGUGACAGAAGGGGUUUAUAAGGAUCAGCGGAAUAAGGUUGUCUUCCCUACAUGUGUUCGCUGUAAACAUAUAAACGAGGACCUGAUAACAGCCCGUGAUGACCUGCAGGCCACAGAAGAGGAGCUUCAGGCCAACAGGGAGAUUGUGAAACUCCUUCAGAAAGAGGUGGAUGUACAGAGGACCGAGAUCAACACCAUGAGAGAAGUGGGCAGCAAGUCAGGCGAGGACAGGCAUGAGAUGCUGCGUCAGCGAGACAAGCACAUCGUGGAGAUGAGGCACAGCAUGUCCAGCCUGGAUGAGGAAUGCUCACAACUGAAACAAAACACAAAGAAAGGCAAGAUGGUGAAGAUUCAGGAGUCCGAGCUGAAGACACAGCGGGAGCAGGUCAUCAUGUACCAGGACAUGUUGGAAGCGAAGGACCAGAUCAUCAUGAAACUGACCAAUCAAAUCUAUGAACUGGAGAAACUCAAGGGCAAGAACUCUGUGUCACCCUUACCUAGUCCAACGCUGCCUGCUCCUGUGAUUAUACCUAAUACCAAAGAGUUAGAAACAUUAAGAGAUUCUUGCCAAGCUUAUGAGCUACAGAACAAAUUCCUAACCAAAGAAAUACUGGAGCUGAAUCAACUGCGGCAGAAUGAUGAGGCUCGGGAGAAGAUGCUGCUUAUAAACUAUGCAAAACUGGAAGCCGAUUACUAUAAGACCAAAAGCCGGUACCUUAUUUUGCUGAAGGAAAACCAAGCUCCUGUCAUGGGCGGCAGUGAAAGCACGCGGUCCCAGGAGAUCGUCAACCAGCUACUGCAGGAAGCCAUGGAUGCUGAGUCCGGGGAUGCUGACAACAAACAUCUGCACAUGGCAUCAAACAGCACGCAAGAGUAUGACCGCUAUGGCUUCCAGAAGUGUAUGUUUGAGGACGAUGAAGACAUUCUCCUCGCCCGAGCAGACCAGCUGCAAAGACAGUCGGCAGAGCUAGCCAACAAUAUCAAGGUGGCUGAUGAAGCGUCAUCGCACCAGGUCAAGUGGGAGAACUUCAUGGUCAACCAGUCAGGUCGACCUCUCAGCAGGUCCCUGGAGCUGAAGACACUCAUCAGGUCAGGAAUACCACACGAGUACAGGGAACAGGUGUGGAAAGGGUGUAUCAACAUGCAUGUAGGGCAGUCGAGACUGAAGCUGGGCCCGGGCUACUACAAAAGCCUGGUCGUACGUGCCAAGGACACCAAGUCCAACCCUGCAGCCAAACAGAUUGAACUUGAUCUGUUGAGAACUUUACCAAACAAUCGACACUUUGAAACACUUGAAUCAGAUGGCAUCAAGAAAUUAAGGAGAAUCUUACUAGCCUUCAGUGCUCAGAACAUGGUGAUUGGCUACUGCCAGGGAUUGAACCGGCUAGCUGCCAUAGCACUGCUGUUCCUGUCAGAGGAGGAGGCGUUCUGGUGUCUGGUGACGAUCGUGGAACACCUGAUGCCCCCUGACUACUUCACCACUACGCUAGCGGCAGCACAAGCGGACCAGCGUGUGCUGAAGGACCUAGUACAGGACAAGCUGCCCAAGUUGUACAGCCAUUUUGAGACCCAUGAUGUAGACCUGAGUCUGUUCACAUUCAACUGGUUCCUCACGGUGUUUGUGGACAGCGUGCCGACAGAUACUUUCCUUAGAGUCUGGGACUCCUUCUUGUAUGAAGGCAGCAAGGUGCUGUUUCGUUUCUCAAUUGCUUUCCUAAAGUACGCAGAGGAAGGAGUGUUGACUCAGAACACAUCCUUCCUGGUGAACAGGUACAUGCGCACUGUAGGCGAGAGGAUGACUUACGCAAGGGGGAUCUGUAAGAUAGCCUUCUAUGACCUGAAUCCCUUCCCAAUGAGGAGCAUCGCUAGUAAGAGGCAGAGCCAUCUACAUCAAAUCAAGCUUGAGUUGGCCGAGUUGGAUGCAAUCCGCCGAGACUUCAAGUCGGAGAGGGUCCCCGACGACCGGAUGGAUUUCUAUAGUGAUGAUGAGCUUGACGACGCCUGAGUGACAGUUGCCACGGAACCACCAUGGAAUGACAUCCUGGCUGGGGUACUGGGUGACCAGCACAACUACUUCACAAUCAUCAGAAAGUGUUAAAGCCUCUAACCCAGCCAGAAGUGUUAGCCUGUAAAUAGGAGAGCUUUCAUAAAGUUUGCAAAUACUUGUGUACAGUUGAUUCCAUUAGUGUGAAAGUUAAGUUUUAGGAUAAGGCAUCACUUCGGCAAACAGAAAACCAAGUAUUUCUCUUCGAAUUAGUAAAUUAAAGCCGUGCUAACCAUAUCCCCAUAUGUGAUUGUAUAUACUAGACCUUGCUAAGAAUCAUGGGGAAGCCUGUUUUAAUGUGUAUCGUACUGGGAACUCACGUUACGCUAUGUUUCUUAGUAGUCAACUAUGGGCAGCAAGUAAAAACUACUUAAAUCCAUGACAGUUCAACGAUUAAUGUUGCUUCUAUAUUUACAAUAGCAGUAGAUGGCCUGACUCCUGUGAUGAACAAAUAUCCAUAUAGAAUACAGCCGACUUCAUGUGUAAUGGUUUGCUGUGCAGAGUUACGUGGGUUUGAAUCCUGGUUUGACCGUGGGUUUUACAAAAGUGGUAAAUGUCUGAGACCUGCAUCACUUCGGGCUUUCUUCCCACAUGAAUCUGACAUGCCGUGAUA